UGCAGAGGGCAAAGGGAAAAGUGGGGAAGACUUUUUUCAGAAGAUUAUGGAAGAAACAAAUACACAGAUUGCUUGGCCAUCGAAGUUGAAGAUUGGAGCAAAAUCAAAAAAAGAUCCCCAUAUUAAAGUCUCUGGAAAAAAGGAAAAUGUUAAAGAAGCGAAAGAGAAAAUCAUGUCUGUGUUGGACACAAAAAGCAAUCGGGUAACCUUGAAGAUGGAUGUUUCACAUACAGAACAUUCUCAUGUGAUAGGUAAAGGUGGCAAUAAUAUUAAAAAGGUGAUGGAGGAAACAGGAUGCCAUAUCCAUUUUCCAGACUCAAAUAGGAAUAAUCAAGCAGAGAAAAGCAACCAAGUGUCUAUUGCAGGACAGCCAGCUGGAGUGGAGUCCGCAAGAGUUAGAAUUCGGGAACUGCUUCCAUUGGUACUCAUGUUUGAAUUGCCUAUUGCUGGAAUUCUCCAACCAAUCCCAGAUCCUAAUUCUCCCACCAUUCAGCAUAUCUCUCAGACGUAUAAUAUCUCAGUUUCCUUUAAACAACGCUCUCGAAUGUAUGGUGCUACAGUCAUUGUCAGAGGGUCACAAAAUAACACUAGUGCUGUGAAGGAAGGAACAGCCAUGCUUUUAGAACACCUAGCUGGGAGCCUGGCCUCUGCAAUCCCUGUGAGCACACAACUAGACAUUGCAGCGCAGCAUCAUCUCUUUAUGAUGGGUCGAAAUGGCAGUAACAUCAAACAUAUCAUGCAGAGGACUGGUGCUCAGAUCCACUUCCCUGACCCUAGUAACCCACAGAAGAAAUCCACUGUCUACCUCCAGGGCACAAUUGAGUCUGUCUGUCUUGCCAGGCAAUAUCUCAUGGGUUGCCUUCCUCUUGUGCUCAUGUUUGAUAUGAAGGAAGAAAUUGAAGUAGAACCACAGUUUAUAACACAGCUAAUGGAGCAGUUAGAUGUCUUCAUAAGCAUUAAGCCGAAGCCAAAGCAACCAAGCAAGUCUGUGAUUGUAAAAAGUGUUGAACGAAAUGCCUUAAAUAUGUAUGAGGCACGGAAAUGUCUCUUGGGACUUGAAAGUAGUGGAGUUACCGUAGCAUCAAAUCCCUCUGUCUCAUGCCCUGUUGGUCUGUCUUGUCCUGGUUUGGAUAUCUUGUCCUCAGCAGGACUAGGACUCACUGGGCUUGGCCUUUUAGGUCCAACAGCCCUGUCAGUCAACACCUCAACUGCUCCAAACUCUCUGCUGAAUGCCCUCAAUAGCUCUGUGAGUCCCUUACAGAGUCCAAGUUCAGGCACGCCUAGUCCCACGUUAUGGGCAACAUCUCUUGCUAACGCGAAUGCCACAGGUUUUUCUGCUAUUCCCCACCUAAUGAUACCGUCUACUGCCCAAGCAACUUUAACUAGUAUUCUGUUGUCUGGAGUACCUAGUUACAGUCAGAACACUCCCUCUCCACCACCAGGCUUGACUCCUGUUGAAGUCCAUGUGAACGGCAUGCAAUCAGAGAGUAAAAAAGGCUCACCUUCUUUAAAUGGUCAUGUAAAGACCUCAAAUAUCAAGUAUGCUGCACUGUCUGCCACAUCGCUAGGAGAAAAUGUGUUGAGCACAAACCACAGUGAUCCGGUAAGACAAACAAGUACUCAUGGUGCCUCAGAACAAGUAGCUGCCAAGUCAAAUAGUGCAGAAGGUUGCAAUGAUGCUUUUGUAGAAGUGGGCAUGCCAAGAAGUCCAUCCCAUUCAGCAAAUACCAGUGAUCUGAAGCAGAUGAUGAGCUCUUCCAAACAGGCCUGUUCUAAGAGACAAACGGUUGAAUUACUGCAAGGCACCAAAAACUCUCAUUUACAUACCACAGAGAGGCUGCUGUCAGAAGCAGAGUUAAGUGCUUCUGAAAGUCCCAUGGCUGAUAAAAAGGCUCCUGGAAGUGAACGGGCAGCAGAGCGAGCAGCAGCUGCACAGCAGAACUCUGAAAGAGCACGUCUAGCUCCGCAGCCGUCAUAUGUAAAUAUGCAGGCAUUUGACUAUGAACAGAAGAAGCUACUAGCAACCAAAGCUAUGUUAAAGAAGCCAGUUGUAACGGAAGUGAGAACUCCAACAAAUACGUGGAGUGGUUUGGGGUUCUCUAAAUCUAUGCCUGCAGAAACUAUCAAGGAACUAAGAAGAGCGAAUCAUGUAUCGUACAAGCCAUCUAUGACAACUACGUAUGAGGGUUCCUCAAUGUCUCUCUCACGGUCCAACAGUCGGGAGCACCUGGGAAGUGGCAGUGAAUCUGAUAACUGGAGAGACCGUAAUGGGCUUGGACCCACAGCUCAUAAUGAAUUUGUCUCCUCAAUUGGCAGCCCCAAACGGAAACAAAAUAAAUCAGCUGAACACUAUCUCAGUAGCAGUAAUUACAUGGACUGCAUUUCCUCGCUGACAGGAAGCAAUGGCUGUAACCUGAACAGUUUGUUCAAGGGAUCUGAUCUGCCCGAGCUGUUCAGCAAACUUGGUUUGGGCAAAUACACAGAUGUAUUCCAACAGCAAGAGAUUGAUCUGCAGACAUUCCUUACUCUUACUGAUCAAGAUUUGAAAGAGUUAGGAAUUACCACUUUUGGUGCCAGAAGAAAAAUGCUGCUUGCAAUCUCAGAGCUGAAUAAAAACCGAAGAAAGCUCUUUGACCCAUCAAACAUACGUGCCUCAUUCCUGGAAGGUGGAGCUAGUGGAAGACUGCCGCGUCAGUAUCAUUCGGACAUUGCUAGUGUCAGCGGUCGCUGGUAGCAGUAAGUCGUGGCUC